GUGCACUGACCGUGCAUGUCGCGCGGUAGGGUGUGAUCAGCCUAGCCAGCCUUCCUCGCCUUGAAAUACCAGAGUUUAUCUCCGUUUCACCAGUUUUUCUACCUCUCUACCCACAUUACAAUGGACCUGUUAUCAGAGGCCCCCUCCUGCGACCCAGAAAUCCAGCCGGAGCUCCUGAAAAUCAGAGAAUACGUCUCUCCCGCCUACGCGACCUUGGCCGUCCCGGUGGACUGCGAGCCCAGACUGGCCGCCGACGUAGCGACCACCUCCUCUUACAGGCGUCACUCGCAAGAUCACCAGCAGGCUAUCCAGUGGUUUGGUAUUGACGUGGGCGGUACGCUGGUCAAGGCAGUCUACUACGAGACUCAAAACGACAAGACAGACCCACUCACCGAGGGAGAGGGAGUAGCGGCCAUGAAGAAAUUCAUCAAGUCAAACCUCAAGUACGGGUCCACAGGGAUACGAGACCAGCGACUAGAGAUGCAUGGACAGAAGAUCGGAGGCUACACCGGCACCCUCCACUUCAUCAAGUUUGCCACCAACCGGAUGUGCGGUUUCUUCGACAUGGCAACCAACAACGGACUGGCCCGGUUUCCCAAGGUCGUAUGUGCCACAGGUGGCGGCGCCUUCAAAUUUGAAAGUGCCUUUCAAGAGCGACUAGGUGUGAAGCUGGCCAAGUACGACGAGAUGCAGAGCCUCAUCACCGGUCUCCACUACCUCUGUCGCGAGUACCUGGACGAGUGCUACUACUGGGAGAACCCUAACUCAGACCAGAGUCACACAGUCCCGUUCCAGCUGGGCCCCGAUCCGUACCCUUACAUCAUCGUCAAUAUCGGCUCCGGAGUCAGCAUUCUUCGCGUCAACUCGGCCAAUGACUUCACGAGGAUCGGUGGUACUAGCGUGGGUGGGGGGACGUUCACAGGGCUGUGUAGCUUAUUGGCAGGGGUUGACUCGUUCGAGGCGGCAAUCACGCUGGCAGAGAAAGGGGACAGUCACAGGGUGGACAAACUGGUGCGGGAUAUUUACGGCGGGGACUACAGCAGGUUUGGACUCGGCGACCAGAGUCACACAGUCCCGUUCCAGCUGGGCCCCGAUCCGUACCCUUACAUCAUCGUCAAUAUCGGCUCCGGAGUCAGCAUUCUUCGCGUCAACUCGGCCACUGACUUCACGAGGAUCGGUGGUACUAGCGUGGGUGGGGGGACGUUCACAGGGCUGUGUAGCUUAUUGGCAGGGGUUGACUCGUUCGAGGCGGCAAUCACGCUGGCAGAGAAAGGGGACAGUCACAGGGUGGACAAACUGGUGCGGGAUAUUUACGGCGGGGACUACAGCAGGUUUGGACUCGGCGGUGAAGUGGUAGCUAGCAGUUUUGGGCACAUGGCAAACGUGGACAGACGUAAGAGUGCUCGUCCGGAGGACCUGGCAAAGGCGACUCUCGUGACGGUCACCAACAAUAUUGGAGCUAUUGCCAGGAUGUGUGCCUCUAUCUCUGGGGUUGAGAGAGUGGUGUUUGUAGGUAACUACCUGUGUGGGAACGAGAUGUCCAUGCAGAUGUUGGCCUACGCCAUGGAGUACUGGUCACAGGGACAGAUCAAGGCCCUCUUCCUCAGACACGAGGGUUACUUCGGAGCUCUCGGCUGCCUCCUCAGCAGAUUGAACUCCAGCAGCCAGGGACCUGAUUGAGUAUUCCCCACACUCCGCUCUCCUCUGAUAAACGUUUUGUCUCUAAACUCUCAAAUUUGCACUUGUGUUUGUUUGUGCCACACAUCUUCCAUUCUAUUGUAUCACAUUCACUGCCACUCACUCGUUUGUUUGCAUCAGUAAAGCAUUCUAUAUGAUCCAACCAAUAAUCCGUUUCCUGAUGACGUACAAAACGACAGAAAUGAAGAAUAUGAACGCUAGAAAUAUCAACACUUUGUCAGUGAUAUCUCUCCUCCCCAGCUUGGAAAUGAGGCCCUGACCGACUUUGAUGUUGGAGCCAAUUUCCUCCAUUCCUGAUUUAGUCUCUUGGAGCUUUCCAGAAGAUAUUGCUAGUACUCCUAGCGCCCCCUGGGCGUGUUGUACCUGACCGUGCAUCAUCUGUCUCAGUUCUACGAGGCCUUCAGUCACGCUUUGCGCCUCCUGCUCCUCGCUUGCCGCCUUCCUGGUCAGCACAGUAUAUACCCAAAUGUAAGCGCUGAACAACUGGGGAUAGCAAAGUUCCCGGAGUGCUAAUAACGUACCGAUGUCUGAGGGACGAGAGAGUGUCUGAGGCAAAAAGAUCAUUUCUGGUGGCCUCCUCCUCUGCAGUUCUCUUCCUUCUAGUCGCAGAACCUCUCCCUGAGUUCAUGGUCUCCAAAUC